UUCGUCGAACACCUCCUCCCCUCGCCCCCGCCGCCGCGAGCCAUGGCGCCGUCCGCCAGCUCCUCCUCAUCCUACUCCGACAGCACGGACUCCAGCGGAUCCUCGUCCUCAUCCUCGGGGAGUGACCGCCGCGUCCGCCGCCGCCACAGCCGCCGCAAGGACGCCGCGCCGUCCUCCUCCUCCUCCGCGCUCAAGGUGCGCAAGGACCGCAAGUCCCGCCACAAGCGCCGCCGCCGGGAGCGGCGGAGGUCCCGUUCCGACGACGACAGCUACAGUAGCGCAAGCUCUUAUGACAGUGACCGCGAGACAUCUGGCAGAUCACGAAAGCGUAAGAAGAGCAGUAGAUCGAGGAAGUCAAGGGAAAGGGAGCGAAGCAAGGAUAGGCAUCAUAAACGGGACAAGAGUAAACAUAGAGAGAAGAAAGAGAGUGAACGUUCUAGCGGCCCGGUGCAGCUUUCCAAGUUCCUUGGUCGUGAGAAGGAGGAAAGUGGUAAAAGGAGUGUUAUCUCUGGGAAAAAGAUAAUGAUGAAGCUUGAGAAAUCCAAGGAAGAUAAGGAGGCUGAGAACAAGCGCAAUGAACUGUUGAAGUUUCUGAAUGCCAGUUACGACUGACAAUUUGUCCAAAGCGGUGGUAAUGCUGGCUGGACAAGUUGGAAUUUUCUUGAUGCUACUGCUUAGCCAUGUGUGUUUGGUGAUACUAAGAAGCUUUCUAUGUUUAUUUUAAGUUAUGGCAUGACCAUAAGUGAUUUUCAUCAGUUUUUAGCUAGUGGUUGGACAAAGAUCACAUGUGUCACUGGUCUUACUAUUUUUGAGCUUGGGGGUGUAGGUGUUCGUAAUAUCCAUCUUACAUUUGGCCAGUUUGUAUUUCCUUUUUGUAAUCCAUUUUGUAUGGCUAGGGGUACUUCAACUAAGCUUGACACACUUAAUGUAUUAUCAGCUUGUUUAUUUGUUAAA